AUGACCACGGUCACUAUCUCGAACUCAACUGAAUCUUCUACAGAUGAACAGCAGUCAACUAAAAGAACUCCAGCAGCAUGGUUCAAAAAAUAUUUUUUAGCUGGUCAACAGCUGAGUGCUGUUAAGGUUGAACCACCCCCAGAUGCCAGCUUUUUCGAAAGAAUUCUCAUUACCCACCGUAAAUAUGUAGCUGUUAUUCUCCCCACCAGUAUCGCCAUGAUCAUUUGGCUAUUGACAGCUUAUCGCUACAACUGGUUCAGAUUAUAUGAAACACAUUGGCAAAUGCCAAUUGUUAUGAUUCUUGGAUGUACUGUAGCAGGAAUGACAGCCGAGAGUGGUGGGGCUGUUGCAUUCCCUUUCAUGACAUUGGCAAUGCAUGUGGACCCAGGAGAUGCUCGCGAUUUCGCUGUACUGAUUGAGUGUGCUGGACUUGUAUGUGCUACUUUUUCUGUUCACUUCAUGAGAGUACAAGUAGAAUCAAAAGCUACUCUAUUCGGCUUAAUGGGAAGUAUACCAGGGUUGAUCGUCGGUUUUGAAUAUUUUGAUCAUUUACUAACGGGGCCUCAAAAGAAAAUGCUUUUCGUAUCAAUCUGGUCAUCAUUCGCUGUAGCUUUGUAUAUCCUGAACAGAGAGAAGAAGCGUAAAACUUACAGUGAAAUUCAGAAUAUGAAUUAUCAGAAAGCGAUUAUUCUGAUUGUUACAGGCUUUAUCGGAGGAAUACUAACGGCAUUUACCGGCUCUGGUACCGACAUUUGCCUGUUUUCCAUCAUUACCGUACUCUUCCGCAUCUCUGAAAAAGUUGCGACGCCCACAACAAUUGAAAUAAUGGGUAUGAAUGCUUUGAUUUCGGGGUAUUAUCGUGCUAUAUGGGCGGCCGAUGUCUCUGAAGAUAUGUAUAGCUAUGUGAAGGUUACAAUCCCCAUAGCACUUAUAGUUGCUCCAGUAGCGAGCUUCAUCGGAUCUCAUUUUCAUCGUCAGGUUCUUGCUUGGUUUGUCUAUAUAAUUGAGUUUGCUGCUAUUGUUGGAUUUGUCAUAACUGGGCCUCCAAUUAUACUCCUUGUGAUUGGAGCAGCAAUCAUCGUUGUCGGCUUUUUAUUUUUCUUCGGGCUCUGCAAGUUAGGAGAACGCAUGAUGAAUCAAGAUAGAAUUCAUCUGGAAGGUACUCUUCCAAUGGACACACCAAAAGCUCAAAUCGGAUGGUCUCAAUGA